GUGCUCAUUUGUGAACUGUUCUUUCCAAAAACUCAACAAGUCUCAAGAUCUUCUUCUAAAAAGCUACUUUAUUCACUUAUAGCUAUCCAAAAUGGAAAGCAUUCAGAACCAGGUCCAUAAACUUGAAAAUGAAACCAUUAAGCCUCUAGACCCUGAAGAAUUCCGAAAGCAAGGCCAUAUGGUCAUUGAUUUCCUCGCUGAUUAUUACAAAAAUAUUGAGAAAUAUCCUGUCCGAAGCCAAGUCCAACCGGGGUAUCUCCGGCAACGGUUGCCAGAAUCUGCACCCUGUGAACCGGAACCGCUUGAAGAAAUUCUGGGAGAUGUACAGAAAGACAUUAUUCCAGGUAUUACACAUUGGAUGAGUCCAAAUUACUAUGCUUAUUUUCCUUGCACUGGAAGCACUGCAGGAUUUCUUGGGGAAAUGCUUUGCACUGGAUUCAAUGUUGCGGGUUUCAACUGGAUGUCGUCGCCGGCGGCGACGGAGCUGGAGAGUAUCGUGAUGGACUGGCUGGGGAAAAUGCUAAAGCUUCCCAAUGAAUUCCUGUUUUCCGGCGGCGGCGGUGGAGUUUUGCAGGGAACUACCUGCGAGGCCAUAUUGAGCACGAUGGUGGCCGCCAGGGAUCAGAUGUUGAAGAAGAUCGGCAGAGAGAAUAUCAACAAACUUGUGGUCUAUGGAUCUGAUCAAACCCACUCUGCAUUGCAAAAGGCAGCUCAAAUCGCAGGUAUCAACCCCAACAAUUUCCGAGCAGUAUCGACUACAAAGGCCAAUGGAUUUGGACUCACCGCCGAGGCACUCCGAUCAACAAUUGAGGCCGACAUCGAAGCUGGGCUUGUCCCAUUAUUCUUCUGCGCCACCAUCGGAACCACCUCUUCAGCCUCCGUUGAUGCACUGAUUCCUCUCUGUGAAGUUGCGAAAGAGUUCAGAAUCUGGACUCAUGUCGAUGCAGCAUAUGCAGGAAGUGUAUGCAUUUGCCCCGAGUUCCGCCAUUUUCUUGACGGCGUCGAAAAUGCAGAUUCUUUCAGUUUCAACGCACACAAAUGGUUCUUCAGCACCCUCGACUGUUGCUGCCUUUGGGUGAAAAAUCCAGGCGCCCUUAUCCAAGCUCUAUCGACCUAUCCCGAGUACUUGAGAAACAAAGCCUCUGAAUCUAAACAAGUCGUCGAUUAUAAAGAUUGGCAAAUCACUCUAACCCGGAGGUUCAGGUCCCUAAAAGUAUGGCUCGUUCUACGUAGCUAUGGCGUCGACAAUCUCAGAAAAUUCCUCAGGAGCCACGUAAACAUGGCGAAAAUUUUUGAAGGCCUGAUCGCCAAGGACAAGAGGUUUGAGGUGGUCGUGCCUAGAAAUUUCUCCACUGUUUGUUUCAGGAUUUCGCCGAUAGAAAUCGGAAAAAACAAGGCUAAUCUCAAGCCAACUUUAAGAUUAACGGGCGAUUUAUUGUUGAAAAAAGACUACAAAUCGAAAUUACAUCAAAUCAGUCAAUUCAGCAACAGUGCCGAGCUCGAAACUCGGGUAGCCGAAUUCUCCUGUGAUUGGUCGAUGAGGCUGGUGGUCAUGUGUCAAUGUGUUACCCAGGUAAUGAUGACUUGCAAGGGGCUGGAGUUCGAGGACUUAGAAUUGGUUGUUCCGGGCGGCGAUGAUAUCACCUAUAGCAAAUGUCGGAGUUCGGAUGUCAACAGUUACCCCCAGAAAGGUAAUUAUUACUAUGCCAAUUGUCAUGCCUGGAUAGGGAUGAGCUGUGCAGCACUUUUGGAUUGCUUCUCCAGGAAGUUUCAUCAAAGCUACAAGUAUUCAUCUGUUUCUUCCUCACAUUCUUCUGUUCAAGCUUUAUUCGUUUUCCUCUACAUGAGCUCAGACGAAUCUAGAGUGCAUUCCUGGGGAAAUCACCAAGAAGAAUCUGUCCCACCCUCUCCUUGUUCUUCGUCCAGUUGUCAGGAAGUCUUGACCCCAGUCCCUCUUUCCGUAGUUAAUCCACUGUACCUAGGACAUCCUGUGAAAAUGAGGUCGAAGAGUGAGGAUUCGAGUGGAGAAAGGGCUAAAUCUCGUGAGGUCAGUCAGGGGAAUAACUCAAAACCGUCUGACCGAGCUGACGUUCUCCCGGAGGGAUGCGUCCCUCUUAACUCUGCCAUUCUUCAAGCAUGA